UCCUCUCAUCAAUUUUUAGAACGAAAACGCCCCUCCCUCCCUUCUUCCCCGUCUAGCUGAGGGACUCGCUAAACGCUCGCCGAGCUCCAUGCACCAUGCUGUGCAACACCACCUCCUCACUAAUCGUCAGGGGCGCGGAGAGCGCAGUGCACUACGGUGAGGCUGCGCAGCGGGGGCUCACCCCCGCUGCACACCGCGCUCAGCGGCGCAGGGGAGGGCGGUCGGUGGCGGCGGCGGCGAGGAGGCGCGAGGCGGUGGCGGCGGUGGACCGGUGGUGCGGGCGGCGGGAUGACAGGGGAGGCGGCGGGAUUGACAGGGGAGGCGGCGGCCACGAGCGGAGCGGCGCGAGAAGGGGGGGGGGGCGGCGGCGAGGCGCCGGUGAGCGAGGCGCCCGCGCCAUCAGAGGGACGCGCCGCUGCGAGAUGGAGGGCGGCGCGGUGACGGAGGCGAGGCGCGAGGCGGCGGCGGCGGCGGCGGCGGCGGCGGGUCUCGGUGAGCGGCGGCAAGAGGAGGAGCAGCGGCGGCGGGAGGAGGAGCAGCGGCGGCGCUCGCUCGCUGUUGACGGGAGCGCUUUUGAGCCUGGGAGCCCAUGCCACUG